UAUUCUAACCAGCGGUGAGAAAAGUAACACGCGUCGCGUGACGGGACUCUCUCUUCUGCAGCGGUCUGGAUAAUUUUACACCAGUUAUUAUGACGCAGAAAAACUUUACAAGAUGUUGAAAUGAAAAUCAGACGUAAAUAUGAGAAAUAUUAUAUAUUAUCUAUUAAGUUCCGAGCCGCCCGUCGCUGAAGCAUCUGGAGCUCUGUGUCUCUCUCUUCUACCCGCCCAUUCGGCUUGUAUGAGCGGCUGAGCGCGCGGAUGACAGCUGUCAUUAGAUCGGUUCCGCAGCGGACUCUUCAUCAUGUCUCUCGGCUGGUCAGGGAACGAUCACAAGAGCUACUCGAACCCGCCGACGGCCGCCGUCAAACGGGCGAGAAACGACUCAGGGAACAAAGUCACGGUAGUUCUGGGAGCGCAAUGGGGAGAUGAAGGCAAAGGAAAAGUUGUUGAUUUACUGGCGACGGAGUCCGACAUCGUCUGCAGGUGUCAGGGAGGAAAUAACGCCGGUCACACAGUGGUGGUGGAUGAGAAAGAAUAUGACUUCCAUCUUCUCCCUAGUGGAAUAAUCAGCACCAAAUGCACAUCAUUCAUCGGUAAUGGCGUAGUCAUUCAUCUUCCAGGAUUAUUCGAGGAGAUUGACAAGAAUGAGAAAAAAGGGCUGAAAGGAUGGGAAAAAAGACUGGUCAUCUCAGAUCGGGCUCACAUUGUAUUUGACUUUCAUCAGGCCGUGGACGGACUUCAGGAGGUUCAGAGACAAGCUCAGGAAGGCAAAAACAUAGGAACAACUAAGAAAGGCAUCGGGCCCACAUACGCCUGUAAAGCGUCUCGCACUGGGCUUCGCAUCUGUGACCUAAUGGCUGAUUUCAACGAGUUCUCUACGAGGGUGAAGAACCUGGUGCAGCAGUACCAGUCGAUGUAUCCCACCCUUAAAGUGGAUGCCGAGAGCGAGCUAAAGAAGCUAAAGGACUACGCUGAGAGGAUCAGACCUCUGGUCAGAGAUGGUGUCUAUUUCAUGUAUGAUGCAAUUCACGGACCCUCAAAGAAAAUCCUGGUGGAGGGGGCCAACGCUGCCCUCCUUGACAUUGACUUCGGAACAUACCCAUUCGUGACGUCAUCCAACUGCACCGUGGGUGGCGUGUGCACCGGUCUCGGCAUCCCUCCCGCAAACAUCGGCGAUGUGUAUGGAGUAUCGAAGGCCUACACCACUAGAGUCGGGAUAGGAGCCUUUCCGACUGAACAACUCAACGCCGUUGGUGAACUGCUGCAGACCAGAGGUCACGAGGUGGGCGUGACCACAGGCAGAAAGAGACGCUGUGGUUGGCUGGACUUGGUUAUUCUCAAAUAUGCUCAUAUGAUCAACGGAUUCACUGCCAUUGCUUUGACUAAAUUGGACAUCCUUGAUGUUUUGGAUGAAAUUAAAGUGGGCGUGGCUUAUAAGAUCAAUGGCAAAAGAGUCCCAUAUUUCCCAGCCAACAUGGAGGUUCUGCAGAAGGUGGAGGUUGAAUAUGAGACUUUUCCCGGAUGGAAGACGGAUACUUCAGCGGCCAGGAAAUGGAACGAUCUUCCUCCAAAAGCUCAGAACUACAUCCGCUUCAUUGAGAAUCAUAUUGGUGUUCCUAUUAAGUGGGUUGGUGUUGGGAAAUCCAGAGAAUGUAUGAUCCAGAUGUUCUAGAUGUUCUGGGAUCAUGAAGAUUCAUCAACUGAAGACGAUCAGCACAGUGGGACUCUUGUUUUUACUGGUUGGCAUUCAUUUAUCCAGAAAACUGAUAGAAGAUCAACUCUGAAUGGCUGAAUUCAUGUCCUGGCAUUAUAAUGAUCUUUCUCUCAGAUUGAUUGUUGAUCAUCACCACACGUUUACAAUCUUCUUUAUUAGUGCAGUUUUGAGUUUUUGAGAUUCAGUUGACCCUGUUUGUCAAAGUGGCAUUUCAUUAUGUUGUAGAAUUGCACUAUAUUGUUUCCAGUGUUCACAUGUGAGACACAUAAAUUAAAACUGUGCAAAGA